GUUUACUGUGGCCAAACACUAGAAUAUUCAUUGAUUUGUGAAAUUUUUCUAAUAUCAUAAACAAUUUUUUGUAUAGGCACAUAAGAUUAUUUUUCAGUUAUUUCAAUCAGUGCUAACUUUACCAAGUAUUGUGUACAUUAAGCUCUUGGAUAUAAUACUGUUAAAAAAUUAGAAGGUUCUUGCUUGGAUAUAAAAUCAGAUUUAAAAGAUUUUUAUGUUUCCCCCAAUAAUGUGCCAUAGUUGUUGAGAGUUUGCCUUGAGGAUGGAGUGGAAAGUCGUCCUACUUUUACUCAGCAUUGUUGCCACAGCAACUGGAACAAACUACAUUACUGACGUCUUUGACCUUGAUGAGACUUCGAGUCAGGUUUUUUUCCAAAAUGCUGUUAUGGAUAGAAGAACGCGCAAAAUUUAUGUUGGUGCAAAAAACAGACUGUACCAGUUUGAUGAAAACUUGGAAAUAUUAACAGAAAUGAAGACAGGGCCAGAACUUGAUAAUGUAGAAUGCCCAAUAAAAAAAUAUCCAUGUGAUUUCCCCAAAACGUUGACCCCAAGCUACAGUAAAGCUAUUUUGAUUGAUUACAUAAACAAUAAAUUGAUCCACUGUAUAAGUCUAUACCAAGGUGUUUGUUUAAAGCAUGAUAUAAACAAUAUCAAAGACAUUGAGGAACCAAUACCAAUAUACGAUGAUGCACUUGUUGCUAAUAACGAUUCCGCUACAACCUUUGCAUUCAUUGCUCCUGGACCACUGGACCAAAACGGUCAAGAUACAUCAGUGAUUAAUAUUGGAGUGCAAUAUACCAACAAAGGCUGGAAGAGAGACAGAGUUUACUGUUUUGCAACUAGAAAACUUGAUGACUUUAAGCUUGUUUACAAAGAUUUUUUUAUAAAGUCAGCAACCAUGUUAGACUCGAGUCUUAGACAAACUUUUCCAAUCAGAUAUGUAUAUGGAUUUGGCUCAGACGGCUUUAGUUAUAUGGUUACAGUGCAGAAAAAGUCACCCAGUACUGAAUCAUAUAUUACCAAAAUCUUUCGUGUCUGCCAAAAAGACAAAUACUACCAUUCUUAUGCGGAAGUACAACUAGAGUGCUGGCAUAAUGGUGCUCUGUACAACCUGGCUCAAGCUGCUUAUCUUGGUAAAGCCGGAAGUCAGCUUAAAAAAAAUUUGAAUAUAAGAGUGGAUGAAGACGUCCUUUAUGCUUCAUUUUCUAUAGGUGCUCCAAGAUCAAGUGAGCCGACACAGGAUUCUGCAUUAUGUGUCUAUCCAAUGAGGAAGGUUCGACGCAUAUUUUCUGCUAACAUUCAAGACUGUUUUAAUGGAAAAGGCAACACCGGGCCAGGUUAUUUCGGCAAAGCAGUACCAUGUAAAGACACUCCAGCAUUGCGUGCUGAUGUUGAUGAUGACUACUGCGGCAAACACAAAGAAGUUAACUCGCCAACGGACGGCACUACUCCAGUCAGUCAGGAUAUAGCAGUAAAUUUUCACAGUACAGUGACGUCAUUGACCGUAGAUAUUGUUAACGAGUACACUGUUGCGUAUGCUGGCACAAAAAAUGGACACAUCUUAAAGAUUGCCUUGGAAACACAGAAACUUGGUGCUAUUUAUGAGGAUGUGUCAUUGGUUGAGGGUUGGGAGAUAAAGCCUAGCAUGUUUGUUGACCUUGAUCAUGAGUACUUGUAUGUCAUGACACAGUACAAGAUAAUGAAGAUGAAGCUAUAUGACUGUUCUCAGUACACAACGUGUAGUGCAUGUCUCAAUGCCGGCAACCCCUACUGUGGAUGGUGUUCUCUAGAAAACAAAUGCAGCCUAAGUAAAGAUUGUUCGGAGUACGACCAAGAUUUGCGAUGGUUGUCGUACAGUGGAAGUUCCUGCCCGUCCAUCACAAGUGUGGUACCAAACCAGAUACAGAAGGAACAAUCACACUCAAGAACCACUGAGCUACAGCUGAAUGUAUCAAACUUACCGAAAUUUGACGGACUCUUGUACCAGUGCGUGUUCAGCUACAGUAGUAGGAAUAUACGUAUCACGACCACCAACACGACUAAGCAGAACGACACGGUCAUCCUCUGCGAUACCCCGGAAACUCAUCUGCUGCCCCCUAUACCCACUGGUGAAGAUCACAUCAAGAUGAAUCUGUCCAUCCAUAUUUGGGGAAGAGACUUUGUGUCAGCGCAGUUCACUUUCUUUGACUGUUCUUUACAUAAAUCGUGUACAAGCUGUACGUUGAGCGAGUUCCCGUGCACAUGGUGCAUACAGAAUCAUGUAUGUACUCACAAUGUGGAUAACAACUGCCAGGAACAGGCUCUCGUGUAUGGUAAAAAUUCAGUAGGACAGAGCCCAAUCGGUCCUGAUCAGUGCCCAAGGAUCGAACUUCAGGGAACAAACAAAGACAAGAUACUCGUCCCAUCCGGCAUCACAAAGGGUAUAACAGUGAAAGCUUUGCACAUGAAAGACUUUAUGAAACAGGACAUACGUUGCGAAUUCUUCGGAGUCAAAGAAGUUGGAGCUAUAAUUAGUGACUAUCCUGGCUCGGAUCAAAUUAUCAUACAAUGUGACGAAGUUAAUUUUUCUUACCCAGAUAUGCGACCAGAAUUUAAUGUUGUGUUCCGUAUCUACUGGAGAGAGUCUCCUCACAGCGUACAAAGGGCCUUAGACAAUCCUGAGAAAAUCCAAGUGAAGGUUUAUAAAUGUAACGGAAUGGCGGACACCUGCGGUGGUUGCAUCCUUUUGGAAUCUGAUUUUGAAUGUGGUUGGUGUAUUCACGACAGACACUCGUGUGUUGUGCAUAGUAACUGCUCGUAUACAGCCAAUUCAUGGUUAAACAGCAUGUAUUCGUGUCCAAAUGUGGAAAUAAAUAGUAUUGAACCCACGACUGGGCCUACAAUGGGAGGAACAAAGUUGACAAUAAUUGGUAAAAAUCUUGGUAAGCGUAGAGAAGAUAUUGAAGGUGGGAUCAGUGUAGCGGGUGUUGCCUGUAAUCCAAAAUUAGAAGAAUAUGAGCCACCGCACAAAAUCGUUUGUGAAACUGGACGAAAAGAUCAAUAUGUGACUGGGAAGGUUCGUGUAGUAAUUGACAAUACGUAUGAUGCUCUAGCCAAACAGUCAUUUACCUAUGUUGAUCCUGAAUUAAAAACUAUAUCUCCAAGACGUGGCCCGGUCUCUGGUGGCACACGGGUCACUAUUAAUGGAAGAAAUCUAGAAUCAGGGACUACAGCUAUGGUGAUGGUUGGAAGAAACAAAUGUGAAGUCAAACAGAGGCUUGCAAAUCAAAUUAUCUGCGUAACAACAAAUGCGUCAUUGAAUUCCACUGCAGCCGUUAGGGCAAAAUUUGACAACCAGGAUGUUGUGAGUACACUGCAGUUUGUCUACAUUGACGAUCCAGUUGUGUACACUGUUGAACCAAUUCGAGGCAUCGUGAGUGGCGGUAUUAAAAUCAUGGUCAAUGGCACAAAUUUGGAAAUCAUUCAGCAGGCACAAAUGGUGUUUAGAAAAGAGGGUAGUAGAAGGAAGAGGAGUGUUCCUGAUUACUAUGGGGACUGCGACAUACCACUAGCUGGUGAUCCUUAUAUGGUCUGUUACUCUCCAAUGAUUCCGAACAAUACUGUCCCUGAAACUGCCGUCAGUGGUGUAAAGUUCUCUUAUGGAAUAAGACUGGACAACGUGUACAUUGACCGCACAAAACAAAAUGAAGUGUUUACAAUUUAUCCCGACCCAAUAUUUGAGGAGUUUGCUGGCAGCAUGGAGAAAUCUUAUCAGAGCAAAACUGACAACUAUCUCACUAUAAAUGGUCGCAACUUGAAUCUCGGGUUUAACCCAAGUGAUGUUACCGUAAAGAUCGGCAAAGGCUUCUGUAAUGUUACAUCUAUUGACAAAAAUGGGAACCAGCUCAACUGCAAACCACCAAAGAACCAGCCAGCUUCAGAGAAAGGGAGCAAAUAUCCAGAAAUAGUGGUUCAAGUUGGAAGAAAUUUUAGUAAGCAGAUUGGAUAUCUGAAGUAUGAAAAAACGGAACUUCUCCCUCUGCCAGCUAUCAUUGGUCUGGGUGCAGGUGGUGGUGUUCUUAUACUUGUUGUGAUCUUCUUUGUUGUUCUCUGGUGUAUAAAGUCUCGUGAGAAUCUGAGCAUGAAGAAGAAAUGGCAGAUACAGAUGGAUAACCUUGAGGUCAAGGUCGCAAAGGAAUGUAAAGAAGCAUUUGCGGAACUGCAGACUGACAUGACAGAAUUGACGAGUGAUCAUUUUGGACAAAUUGCCAUCCCGUUUUGGGAUUAUCGUACUUAUUGUAUGAGAGUACUAUUCCCGCAGGAUGAAGAUUCACACCCAGUUAUUAGAGAUCUUGACGUUGACCCGGCCAGGCGUGAGCAGAUUGAACAUGGGUUGAAGUUAUUUUCUCAGCUGAUCGGAAAUCGAACAUUCCUUCUUACCUUUGUGCGUACACUUGAGGCAAACAAGAAAUUCAGCAUGCGAGAACGUGUCAAUGUAGCGUCGCUAAUUUCAGUAGCAUUACAGACCAGGAUGGAGUAUGCAACUGAAAUAUUAAAGACUCUGUUAGCAGAACUGAUAGAGAAAUCGGUAGAGGGUAAAAAUCAUCCUAAACUGCUGUUACGUCGUACAGAAUCUGUCGCUGAGAAAAUGUUAACCAAUUGGUUUACAUUCUUGCUCUAUAAAUUUUUAAGGGAAUGUGCUGGAGAGCCAUUGUUCAUGUUAUAUCAAGCUAUCAAACAGCAGACGUCUAAAGGUCCUGUAGAUAGUGUUACAUCAGAGGCGAGAUAUUCUCUCAGUGAAGAUAAACUUAUUCGACAACAGGUCGAUUAUAAACCUAUGACUAUAUAUGUUCAAGAUAUGGAGCAGUUUGGUCAGCAGUCACACCCAGUGAAGGUGUUAGACUGUGACACUAUAUCACAAGUGAAGGAGAAAAUCCUUGAUGCCAUAUACAAGAAUGCUCCAUUUAGUAGCAGGCCUACUAAACAAAAUGUAGAUCUGGUAUUGUUUGCUCAAUCACCAAAGUCAGAGUCAGAGUGGGACCAAAAUAUGCAGAAAAUGAUCUUAUCUAAUGUAGAUAAUUCAACAAAACUAGAGGGCGAGUCGAAAAAACUCAACAGUUUAGCUCAUUAUCAGGUUCCAGAUGGUGCAUACAUGGCGUUGGUGCCGAAGCAGACGCCUUCAAUAUACGAUCUUUCCACAACGUCAGAAAAGUCUUCCAAGAGCUUCGAUUAUAAGCGUUUCGGUAAAGAGGAAUACGGUAGUGUGAUAUACAGCGGUAGAAGUCCCUCUCUAAAUAGAACAGCAUCACCACAAAGUGUAAACAUAGAUAUAGAGAACUCUAGUAACAAUGGUGGAACCAAGUAUUACCACCUUGUAAAACAGCAUGAUCAGGAGAAUGCGAAGGAAGGAGACCGUGGCAGUAAGAUGGUCUCAGAAAUCUAUCUGACCAGACUGCUCGCAACAAAGGGCACACUGCAGCAGUUUGUGGAUGAUUUAUUUGAGAGAAUAUUCAGCACUGUUCACAGAGGAACAUCGUUGCCAUUAGCGAUCAAAUACAUGUUUGAUUUCCUUGACGAUCAGGCUCUGUUACAUGGUGUCCAGGACCAAGAUGUAGUACAUACAUGGAAAUCCAAUAGUCUUCCACUGCGUUUCUGGGUUAAUGUGAUAAAGAAUCCUAACUUUGUGUUUGACAUCUACAAGUCAAACAUCGUGGACUCAUGCUUGUCAGUAGUUGCUCAAAACUUCAUGGACUCGUGCUCAAUGAGUGAGCAUAAACUAGGAAAAGACUCUCCCUCUAGCAAAUUGUUAUAUGCCAAAGAUAUACCCACCUACAAAAAAUGGGUAGAAAGAUAUUACCAAGACAUCAAAAUGAUGCCAGCCAUAAGUGAUCAGGAUAUGACGGCCAUGAUGGCUGAUGAAUCACGGACUCACCAAGAUGAGUUCAACAUGAAUGCAGCGUUAUAUGAACUGUAUAAAUAUGUGCAACACUAUCAAGAGGAUCUCAUAAGUGCACUCGAUGAAGAUGAGUUUGCACGUAAAAAUAGACUGAAUUAUAAACUAGAACAAGUCCAAUUAGCAAUGAAUGGCAAGGCCUACUGCUGACCACUGGAAAAUGUAAGAUGUAGAUAAUUCUCGAUGUGUCGUGCAAAACAAAUCAUCUAUAUUCAUUUUCAUGUGUUAAAACUGAACUAUUACACAUGGAAAUAUGCAUCUGUGUAAUGUGCAAAAAUCAUUGUCUACAUUUUAACAUAAUGUGAAUAUGGCUAUCAGACAUAGUGUGUGUAAAGUGAGAAAAAUACAUUCUUUUCAUGAGGAAUAAAUUAGAAUGUGACUUCCCGACUUUCAUGAAGGUGUAAAGUGCUUUGUAAUUGAAUGAUUAUUGAAUAUUUAGAGAUACUGAAAUACAGAUUGUCAGUUGGUCUACUUACAAACAUGAAACUAAGCACUCUCUCGGAUGUUUGCUCUGUCAUAGAAGAUUGUAAUAUUCUAGAAAUUGGACCACUUGUUAACUUUAAAGCAUGGUAAUUGUGGAAAGAUGACCAUUUAUUACAUAAAUUAAACAAAGAUAGUCAAGAUUUCAGGAAUGGAAUUAUUGAAAGGCAUUAAGGGUCAUAUUUUUGUAUUUUUUUUAGACACUAAAAAUGAAAAAACUUUGCAAUGAAUUUGACUGGUUAAAUAGCAAACUUGGACAUACAUAAAAGCAUACAAGUUAAAAAAAAAAAAGAAUUGUUGAAUGCUUACAGCAUAUUUAAAAAAAAAUCAACAAAAUAAUGAAGUUUUAUUACCAAAGAAGUUUAUAUAUUCAUAGGGCUACACUAGAUUGUUUAUAUUUGAAGUUAUCCAAAUGGAAGUUUUCUUUGUCAUUUUAUCAUUGGUCAUAUUUUUUAUUAAGGAUGCCGAUUUUCGUAUCAUAAUAUUGUUGCCAUAUGUAUUUAUGUGUAUGUUCUAAAAGCAUUAUAAAACCGUCAAAAAAAUACUGCUGAGAUAGGUGUUAGAUUGUUAGAGAGCUGUUGUCAUAUACAUAGUAUAUUCACUCAAUUUUUACACAUUUAAUUACCGUACUUUGGGAUAUUUUAGCAUUGGACGAUUUUCACAUCAGCUGUGUGCAUCUACUGUAAAAGUAGAAUUCAAAAUUUUGAGUAUGUUCGCAAGGUUUAUAUAAUAUUCGUGAAAUUGUAAAAAAUGGUAUCCUACCUUAAUUAGAAUUCUAAUGGUGAAUAUUUACGCGGGGAUUAAUUUUCACGAGAUGUAGACCCUCGCGAAAAUUACUGCUUUUACAGUAAUGAAUGCGUAUAGUCCCAUUAAAAAGUUCAGUUGGCUCAAGUAUUUAGUAGUUUGCAGUAAUUUAUAGUUUAAAUUUGGUAUGUUUAAUAGGACAAUCAUUUAAAAGUACGUAUUUUUAGCUCACCUGUCACAAAGUGACAAGGUGAGCUUUUGUGAUUGCGCGGCGUCCGUCGUCCGUCGUGUGUCCGUCCGUGCGUGCGUCCGUAAACUUUUGCUUGUGACCACUCUAGAGGUCACAUUUUUCAUGGGAUCUUUAUGAAAGUUGGUCAGAAUAGUCACCUUGAUGAUAUCUAGGUCAAGUUCGAAACUGGGUCACGUGCCGUCAAAAACUAGGUCAGUAGGUCUAAAAAUAGAAAAACCUUGUGACCUCUCUAGAGGCCAUAUAUUUCACAAGAUCUUCAUGAAAAUUGGUCAGAAUGUUCACUUUGAUGAUAUCUAGGUCAAGUUCGAAACUGGGUCACGUGGGGUCAAAAACUAGGUCAGUAGGUCUGAAAAUAGAAAAACCUUGUGACCUCUCUAGAGGCCAUAUUUUUCAUGAGAUCUUCAUGAAUAUUGGUCAGAAUGUUCACCUUGAUGAUAUCUAGAUCAAGUUCGAAACUGGGUCACGUGGGGUCAAAAACUAGGUCAUUAGGUCUAAAAAUAGAAAAACCUUGUGACCUCUCUAGAGGCCAUAUUUCUCAAUGGAUCUUCAUGAAAUUUGGUCAGAAUGUUCAGCUUGAUGAUAUCUAGGUCAAGUUCGAAACUGGGUCAUGUGGGGGUAAAAACAAGGUCAGUAGAUCUAAAAAUAGAAAAACCUUGUGACCUCUCUAGAGGCCAUAUUUUUCAUGAGAUCUUCAUGAAUAUUGGUCAGAAUGUUCACCUUGAUGAUAUCUAGAUCAAGUUCGAUACUGCGUCAUGUGGGAUCAAAAACUAGGUCAGUAGGUCUAAAAAUAGAAAAACCUUGUGACCUCUCUAGAGGCCAUAUUUCUCAAUGGAUCUUCAUGAAAAUUGGUCAGAAUGUUCAGCUUGAUGAUAUCUAGGUCAAGUUCGAAACUGGGUCACGUGCGGUCAAAAACUAGGUCAGUAGGUCUAAAAAUAGAAAAACCUUGUGACCUCUCUAGAGGCCAUAUUUUUCAAUGGAUCUUCAGGAAAAUUGGUCAGAAUGUUUACCUUGAUGAUAUCUAGAUCAAGUUCGAAACUGGGUCACGUGGGAUUAAGAACUAGGUCAGAAGAUCUAAAAAUAGAAAAACCUUGUGACCUCUCUAGAGGCCAUAUUUUUCAUGAGAUCUUCAUGAAUAUUGGUCAGAAUGUUCACCUUGAUGAUAUCUAGGUCAGGUUCGAAACUGGGUCACGUGGGGUCAAAAACUAGGUCAGUAGGUCUGAAAGUAGAAAAACCUUGUGACCUCUCUAGAGGCCAUAUUUCUCAAUGGAUCUUCAUGAAAACUGGUGAGAAUGUUCUUCUUGAUGAUAUCUAGGUCAGGUUGGUAACUGGGUCAUGUGUGGUCAAAAACUAGGUCAGUAGGUCGAAAAAUAGAAAAACCUUGUGACCUCUCUAGAGGCCAUAUUUUUCAUGAGAUCUUCAUGAAAAUUGGUGAGAAUGUUCACCUUGAUGAAAUCUAGGUCAAGUUUAAAAGUGGGUCACGUGCCUUCAAAAAAAGGUCAUUAGGUCAAAUAAUAGAAAAACCUUGUGACCUCUCUAGAGGCCAUAUUUUUCAAUGGAUCUUCAUGAAAAUUGGUCAGAAUUUUUUAUCUUGAUGAUAUCUAGGUCACAUGUGCUCAAAAACUAGGUCACCAUGUCAAAUAAUAGAAAUAACGACAUCAUACUUAGUUCAACACUGGGUCAUGUGGGGAUAGGUGAGCGAUUCAGGACCAUCAUGGUCCUCUUGUUCAUCUCCAUGUACUUAAAGUAUGACCUGAAGCAUUGAUAGUUUUCCUUAUUGACAUGCAGAUUUUCAUAUGAACUGGGUGACAUCAGUUUAAUGUGUGUCAGCCUGUUGUAAUGAUGACUGUUUCAAAUUUUCUCAAAAUGAACAAAUUAUAAUUAUCAGUUGUGAGUACAGAUAGAUAUGCACAAAAAUCAAUAGAUUUUUAUCGAGAAAUAAGGGCACUUGUUCUUAGCAGAUUAAUAUUGAGCUUGUAAAGUUUGCUAUUAAUCAGCGGCAGAAUUUGUGCAUGUUUCUCAAUACACGUCUAAUCAAUUAUAAUCAUUGUUAAAAAUAUUCUAAAAGUACGGUUGAUAACAAGAAGCUCAUAGAAUGUGUUCAUGGAAAGUAUCACAUUUAAUGUUUUACUGUUAUGUCAGUUUUAAUGUAGUAAUUUUUAAAUGUUCUUAGGAUUUUUUUUUUUGGUUAGAAUUUUUAUUUGUAAGGUUGUCGAGGGCAACAUUGUUAUUAGUUUGGAAUUUUUUGUUCAGGAAUUUGCAAUUAUUUGAAUAAUUGCCUAAACUAGAUGCCUUUUGACUUGUGAAUAUCACACGAUAUGCUGCUCAUGUUUGCUAAAAGGAUAAGGAAGUGUGAAUAUUGUAAAGAUUAUAGCUUGUUAGUUCAGACAGUUUUAUUUUAGGAUGACAGCAGAAAAAAGUUCUAAAAUUAUGUUCCUUAUGGUAUCAGUUGCCACUAGGGUAGGAGAGACAAGUAACCAUUGCCCUUUGAUGCCGUCGUGCAAGUGUUCACAUCUCUGUUAUGACAGGGCAAGAGAUCAAGCCCAGGACCUGGCAUACUCAAAGCGGGUACUGUACCACUCAGUUGCCAAGCUUAUAAGAAUACUUGAAUUUCAGAUUUUCAGACUUGUCUUUUGAUUAAAACUGUAGAUGUUUUUUGUCUUAAUGCUGCACCAAAUUCAUUAUAUUAUUCCAGUCACAAAUGCAAAGAAUGUUUAUUUAUUCAACAAUACCAGAUAUACCAGUCUACAGAAACCAACACUGAUGUUACCAGACUGAAUUUGAAAACCAGUCCUGGACUGAAGCUUUACCAUUGGCCAUUUUGAAGAUUUUGCUCAUGCAGAGUGUAAACAAUUUUUAGAAUGGUCUUCAAUUCAGCGACUUCUCAGUCUUGACAACUGUUUUUUUUUUUUUAUAUACAUAUUUUUGAUCAGAAAUUUUACACAUGAAUGUUUUACAUGUAUCAUGUCAUAUUUUUUAGUUUCAAAAAAAAAAAGGCACAAAUUUGAUGGACUACUUGGUGUAUAUACCAGACAUUUUUAUCAUUUGAAACUUUUUAUGGUGUUUUUUUUUCUGCUUUUGUGUAUUUGUACAAUGCUUCACUGCUCAGGCUUCAGGCUUCAAGAUUGGAAACCAGUCUCAGAAAGCAGUCUUGCCAUUGGUCAAUUUAAAGACAAUUUAAAGACAGUGCUCAAAAUGGACCAAUCAGAUGCUAGAGCUUGAGACUGGUCUCCAGUUUCAAUUUUUUAUAAUCUUAAUACCGCUUUUGUGUGCAUUGUAGAAAGCUUGAAUGCUCGGGUUACAUUUAGAAGCUAAAUUUGAGGGUUUAAGAGAAGAAAUCUGCAAGUCCUUUUAUAGAAAAAAAUGUGUAUUUUUGCUCUUAACCCUUGUACUGUGUAAUGUUUUGUAAAGUAAAUAAGAACCACAUCAAAUUUUGUAGAACUAUGUCAGAUGUAUGUUCUCACUGUGUUAUGUAAAUUAACAUAUGCAAUUUCAGGGCUUCAUUUCCUUAGGAAAGAAUCAUUUAUGUUGGCGUAAAUGUAACUUAGAACAGAAAUUGAGUUGUUAUUCAUUACUGAAGAGUAUUAUGUUAACAUUUUUGUCAGAAAAAAAUGGAAUCUUUAUUGAAAGUGUAGGUCAGAAAGUGACUUUGUUGUCAUGAUUUUUGGGGGGAUUUUGUCAGAAUGGAACUUUUUUGUCCGUUAGAAAUAUUGUGAGAUUUGUCAGAAUGAAACUUUUUGUAAGUUGCGAUUUUUUAUCUGUCAGAGCUUAAUUUUUUCGUUGGUUGUCGGAAUAUAUCACUGUUUUGUCAUGAAAAGUAGGGGUGAGUUUUUAUCAGUGUAAGGAUUUCAGAAAGAUGAGAAAGAUGAAAAGUUUUGGCAUUCUUUCCCAAUUUGGAUCAGUUUUAGUUAAUGUGUCUGUGAAUGUUAGGUUGUAAAUUGUUGUUAGCUGAUUAUAGUGCUGUCUAGUUGUUUGGCUACAUGUUAUUUGUACAUAUUUACCGCAGUGUCUUUCAAUUUUCUAGUUUAGUAGCUAUAUAGCCAUUUUUUCACAUUUUUAUUAUCUUGUGUGUUUUUACUAGCAUAUUUUAUUUCGUCACCUUCUUUAUUAGAGUAUAAUCUUCACUGAACAAUUUCUCGUAAAAAAUGGAAUAAUCAAACUUUCUGGUCUUUACAUCUAUAAAGCAUGAUCAGAUUUUCGAAUUUUCUGAAUGUUAACAUUAGCUUGCAGUACAUUCUGAUGUCUUGAAAAAAUGUGGGAUGGGGAAACAAAUGUUAAGAUAUUUCAUUUUUCCAUGUUAAAAGUGGACUUAAUACAUUUUCAUUUCAUUUGGAAUAGUUUUUCCUGUCCUGUAAAUGUGUGCAUGCUUUUCAGGCAAAUUUGUGCCGCUAGAAAAAAUAUUUCAGAACGGGAUUACAGCAAGUGACUUUUUCCAGGCAUCACUGAUGGGCAAUAUAAGCAAAGUUUUUCUUGUGAACACUUUAUUUUUUGAGUCAAAACUGUAUUUAAGUCAAACCUAAACUUUGAGCUCUGUAAUCAUUCAUUACUAUUUCAUUUCCAUUAUAUAUACACAUUUCAUAUAUUUACGCUGCAAGUAUUUAGACAAGUUUGAAUGUUGUCAUAUUUUUGCUCUUGCCAAAUCAGUAUUUAAUGUAGUGAAGUAAGAUUGAAGAAGUAAAUGUGAACACGUUUCAAACAAAGAAACAGUUUCACUUGCAAUUUUUUUAUUUGAUGAAAUUUAUUUUGCAAAUCUGAACUUUACAUUUUAAACUGAAAAAUUUCAGCAAAGAUAUAAUUUUAUUUACCUUUUUUUUUUAAAAGAAAAUCAAUACAGUGAACUGAGAGAUA